UUCGCUCUUAAGACUUGCCACUUUGGUUAAGAAGUUAAGUAGUUUGUUAAAUAAAUAUUAAUUAAAAACGUUGUGUUUGUUGUAAUAUACACAAAAUAUAAAAAAAAAUUAGCUUUUCUGCCUGCUAGUAAAUUUACACUUACAACGCGAAAGGAUACAAAAGUUAUAUAUCGAAAAGUUCAUAAAAAGUUUCGAUAACUGGAAAUUUUGCAAUUUUAAAUACGAAAAGAAGUAUCAAGCCGAUAAGGAUAUCAAGUCGCUGAUCCUGUGAAUUUCGUUAAAGAAAGAACAAAACGAAUCCAUACGUAAAAAUUGUGUGAUUUCUGGAGCUGCAUAGACGCAAACACACGUUAGAGGCAAACUACUUUAAAGUUUAAUUAACAGAAAUUUGGGCAAGAAAAUUUUUUGUUGUUGUGAAAUAAGCAGUGAAAGUGCAUUUCGUAGGCUUAUUUCGGAAAACAGUUGUAAAAUAAACAAACAAGAAAUUUAAGUAAAACAAAAGUGUAACAUAUUGCACUUUGCGUUAAAUUUUUGAAUUUUCUUCAUACAAGUAAUUUAAAAAAAAAAACAAAACCAAACAAAAUGAUGGCCGUAGCAGCUGCACAAAAGAACCGCGAAAUGUUCGCUAUCAAAAAAUCCUACAGUAUUGAGAAUGGCUAUCCAUCGCGCCGCCGCUCGUUGGUGGACGAUGCACGCUUUGAAAGCCUGGUUGUUAAGCAAAAUAAACAAACUGUGCUGGAGGAAGCGCGCCAAAAGACUAACGACGAGGCCACUUUGGAGGAAUGCAUCCAGCAAGCUAAGGGUGCUCCAAUUGAGCAAGAAAUCGUAUUGCAAGCCGAUCAGUCAAUUGAGAAUGUGGAAAUGCCAGCUGAAGUACAAGAAAUCCUUGAAGAAUCCCAUAACGAAACCGUCAAUGCCUCAUUGGGUGCAGCUGCACAGGGUGAAGGCAGCAACAAUGACAGCAAUAACGCAAAUGAUGCCGGUCUCACCGAGGAAGAAGUUUUACUCGCCAACGCCGCCGCUGAAUCUACCGAAGCGGAGAAUGCCAUGCAGAGCGCAGCGCUCAUUGUACGCCUCAAGGAGGGCAUCUCCUCGCUCGGUCGCAUACUGAAGGCGAUCGAAACCUUCAAGGGUGCCGUACAACAUGUCGAAUCGCGCGUCUCACGCGAGCAGGGCGUCGAUCAUGAUGUACUCAUUAAGGUCGACAUGACACGCGGCAACCUGUUGCAACUCGUGCGUUCACUGCGUCAAUCGGGCUCGUUCAAUAGCAUCAGUCUCUUGGCUGAACACAAUAUCAGCGUGAAGGCACCAUGGUUCCCCAAGCAUGCUUCCGAAUUGGAUAACUGCAAUCACUUGAUGACCAAAUACGAACCCGAUUUGGAUAUGAACCAUCCCGGUUUUGCGGAUAAAGUCUAUCGCCAACGCCGCAAGGAAAUUGCGGAAAUUGCUUUCGCUUACAAAUACGGCGAUCCAAUUCCAUACAUCGAAUACACCGAUGUUGAGGUGAAGACUUGGCGUUCGGUGCUCUUGACUGUCAUCGAUUUGGCGAAGAAGCAUGCUUGCCAAGAAUAUCGCGCCGCUUUCCAGAUGUUGCGCGACGAGGAAAUCUUCGUCGAACACCGGCUGCCACAAUUGCAAGAGAUGUCGGACUUUUUGCGUCGCAACACCGGCUUUACACUACGUCCCGCUGCUGGUCUAUUGACCGCACGCGAUUUUCUCGCCUCGCUGGCAUUCCGCAUCUUCCAGAGCACACAAUAUGUGCGUCACGUCAACUCACCAUUCCACACACCCGAACCCGAUUGCAUUCAUGAACUGCUCGGUCAUAUGCCACUCUUAGCCGAUCCUAGCUUCGCACAAUUCUCACAAGAGAUUGGCUUAGCCUCGUUGGGUGCCUCCGAUGAAGAAAUCGAAAAACUAUCCACUGUCUACUGGUUCACCGUUGAAUUCGGUCUCUGCAAGGAACACGGUCAGGUGAAAGCCUACGGCGCUGGUCUGCUCUCAUCCUACGGUGAACUCUUGCACGCCAUUAGCGACAAGUGCGAGCACCGUGCAUUCGAGCCCGCCUCCACUGCUGUGCAGCCCUAUCAGGAUCAGGAAUACCAGCCCAUCUACUAUGUUGCCGAAAGUUUCGAAGAUGCCAAAGAUAAGUUCCGUCGCUGGGUGUCGACCAUGUCGCGUCCAUUCGAAGUGCGCUUCAACCCGCACACCGAACGCGUUGAAAUUCUGGACUCUGUCGACAAAUUGGAUACGCUGGUGCAGCAAAUGAACACCGAAAUCCUGCAUUUGACGAAUGCCAUUGCAAAGUUAAGACGUCCCUUCUAAGCGCAUCCGCCAGUCAGGUCCUGACGAAGAACUGGGCACACACACACAUUGAGAUUGAUAUGUAUGUAUGUAGUAGGUGUGGCACGUAUGUAUGUGCGCGCGCGUGAUGUCUGUCUAUGCAUGUGUAGCCAGCCAAAUUCGAACACUCACUCACUCACCAACAAGCACGUAUUUUAACUAGUAUAUGUAUAGUAGGUAUAUAUUUUAUGUAAGCGGCGGCAACGUAGCGGUUGUGUCGGCAGCUGUGGUCAGCAUUUAUGUGAUAGUGUUGCGCCUCUUAUUAAACUCUAAAUUGACAUGCCGCUUAAAAGUUUUACUAUUUUUUAUAUUUCGUUUUUUUUUUGUUUUUUUGUCUAAAUGUUGCCUAUGAUAAUUCUCAAUUUUUCGAUGUUGUUGUUAAUGUUGCUUAUAGAAAAUAUUUACAAUUGCGAAAUUUUUUUUAAUUUUUUAGUUAAUUUUUUUUUAAGUUAAAAAUUUUCACUUUUGGCACGCUUUUCAGCAUUAGUAUUGAGUUAUUUGCAAAAUACCUACAUAUAUAUGUACAUAUGUAUGUGUGUGUAUAGCACCUCACGUAUAGAUACGAACAAUUUAUCUACACCUAUCCACCACCCCUACACUACACACCCGCUCACCAUCACCUUCACCCCCUUUCUUAUUUAUUUUAUUUGUAUAUCACUGCAACUGUAUUGGACCAAAAAGCAAACAUUAGUAUUUAAGCAAAUUCACAAACUCACACAAACACAAAACACUUAAAUGGAAAUGAAAAAAAAAGAAACCAAACACAUUCACGCACACAAAUGGUGCAUUGUUUUUGUAUUCGUAUUCGUACGUGUAUUUGUAUUAUUUUACUGAAUGUAUUAUUAUUUUAAUUUUGUAUUUGUUUUUUUUUUUAAUUUU